CCAAGUCAUUACCUGUAGCACUGGCCCCAUGGAGGAGACGGAGUGGACACACAGGCAGCCCAAGUCCGAGGACCUAAGAGUUGGGCUCAUCAGCUGGGCGGGAACCUACCUCACUUUCGAGGCCUAUAAGAAUACAGUCACUGCUUCAGCGAAGGGUUUAGGCAAGAGACAGACUUGGGAACUCCUGGUGAGCAAUGAACAGGAGUCGCAGGCCGUGGUUCGCCUCCGGAGCCUGCAAGGCUUCUACCUGCUGUCGGAGGGCAACGGCUCCGUGUGCUACGGGAGGCCGAGGAGCAGCCACCACGGCUGCUUCCUGCUGCGUUUCCACCGGAACGGCAAGUGGACCCUGCAGUGCAUCCUCAGUGGGCGUUACCUGGAGUCCGACGGCGAGGAUGUGUUCUGCAACUCCAGGGUCCUCUCAGCCUACCACAUGUGGGCCCCUCGGCCAGCCCUGCACGUCCACGUGACCCUCUACAGCCCCCUCCACCACUGCUUCGCCCGGGCUGACCCCACGAUAGGCCGAGUCUGGGUGGACACGCCAGUCCCCUGCCUGGGGGAAUGUGGCUUCCUAUUGCAUUUCCAAGAUGGCUGCUACCACCUGGAGACCUCGACACACCUUUUCCUGUCCCACUUGGAUCGACUGGUCUCCCAGCCCUCGCCCCAGACCACCUUUCACAUGGAAGUCCGGCCGGGAGGGCUGGUGGCACUGAGCGAUGGAGAGGGGGGCAUGCUCUACCCACAGGGGGCGAGACAGCUCCUGGGCCUGGGCUCCAGUCCCCAUAGGGGCGAGGAGUGGUUCGUCCUGCAGCACUGCCCAGCCUGGGUCAGCCUCAAGUCCAGGGCACGGAAGUACAUCUCCGUCUUCUACGAUGUUGAGGUAUAUGCUGCCGCAGAGCGCUUAACCCCAAUGUCCUUGUUCCAGUUUGAAUGUAACAAGGAGACCCCAAACUUGCAGCUUCGUUCAGCCAAUGGCUGCUACUUAGUUCAGCGGCGCCACAGGACAGUGAUGGCUGAUGGGCACCCUCUGGAGUCGGACACCUUUUUCCGCAUGCACUGGAAUUGCGGCCGGAUCAUGCUGCAGGCCGCCAGCGGGCGCUUCGUGGGUGUCAUGGCCAACGGCCUGCUGAUGGCCAAUGCCAGCGUUCCAGGCCACAAUGAGGAAUUUGGGAUUCGAUUAGCCAAUCGCCCCUUCCUGGUACUGCGGGGGCGCUAUGGGUAUGUGGGCACCUCAUCAGAGCAUGACCUCAUACAGUGCAACAUGGACCAGCCAGACUGCAUCCACCUGCUACCCUGUCGCCAGGGCGUCUACCACUUCCAGGCACAGAGUGGCUCCUUCUGGUCAAUUACAUCCUUCGGCACCUUUCGCCCUUGGGGCAAGUUUGCCCUCAACUUCUACAUCCAGCUUCGAGGGAGCAACUUGCUAACAGUCCUGGCACCCAAUGGCCUCUACAUGCGAGCCGACCGGAGCGGCACCCUGUUGGCCGACAGCGAAGACAUUACCAAAGAGUGUAUCUGGGAAUUUUAGGUCAGUGGGAUGACACUUGCCGAAAUCCAAAACCUCCGGGAGAAAUUCAUGUACUAAGCAGAACAGGAACCCCAGAGUCAAGAUCCAUGAGAAGACUAUCUGUUACACAACUUUUCCUACCCAGUUUAGCAGAGCACCUGUUUCAAGAAGCAAUACAUCACA